GUUGAGGCGAACUGAGCUCAGGCAAGCCACUGCUCUCUGCCUUCUCCCCUCAUGGUGCCCGCUGAUGGAGCUUAGGACUAGAUCUGGCUCUCACAAAGCCCCCAGUCCCCUCUAGCCUAGUCCCUAGAGAGGGAGAGACUUGUGCACAGCAGAGCUCUGCUGGGCCCUGCUACUUUUCGAGUGCCCCCAUUAUGCCUCUGCUGGAUGUUUUCUGGGCUUGCUUCAAGAAAGUGAAGUGCUUCUCAUCAUUGCAGGGGACGAAGAAAGCCGAAGCUGAGGCCAAAAAAGCAUGUGAGUGGCUCCGGGCAACAGGAUUCCCUCAGUAUGCUCAGCUUUUUGAAGAAGAUUUGUUUCCCCUGGAUAUUGGCUCUGUGAAGAAGGACCACGGUUACCUGGACGAGGACUCUUUGGGGGCCCUGUGCAGGAGGCUGAUGACCUUGAACAAUUGUGCCUCGAUGAAACUGGAGGUUCAUUUUCAAUGCAAGCAGAAUGAAGACUCAGAGGAGGAAGAGCAGUGCACCAUCAGCAAUCACUGGGCCUUCCAGCAACAAAACAAGUGCUGGUCUCACGUGGGUUCCUCUGAUCUGCUGGCCCCACUGAGCCCUAGCCUUCCAGUGACCUCCAGCUGUGAGAGUGUCCUCACUGAGCUUAGUGUUACCUCCCUGCCAGCCAUUGCCGUGAGCUUACCAGCCCCUAAGCCAGCAGACCUGCCUUUCUUAGGCUGUACCCCUGGCCCAAGUGAACGGCCCCUCCUCAGCCCCACCCGGGGCCAAAAGGGUCUCCAGUCCAAGGCCAAGAAGCACCGUUCACGUAGCUUCCUCAAGCACCUUGAGUCUUUGAGGAGGAAGGAGAAGGGUGGCGGUCGACCUGCAGAGCCCGAGCGUAAGGCAGCCACCUUGGAGAAGACCACCAAAGCCUCUACUUCCUGUAGUCGCCGUGGCUUCCUCUCAGCUGGAUUCUACAGGGCCAAGAACCAGACAGUUACUUCAGCCAGUGGUGGUGGUACUGAGGCUCAGAGGGCCUGGGAGGCCUGGCCUGCCACAUUCUGGCACCCUCAGCUGACACACAGGGGUGACUACUUGGUGCACGUGCCCAGGGACCACAAACCAGGCACAUUCCCUCGCUCCCUCUCCAUUGAGAGCCUGUGUCCUGACCAUGAACACCGCCUGGCAGAUUGGCAGCCAGGUAGGCGCUGGGGCUACGAGGGACGCCGUGGCUCCUGUGGUUCCACAGGCAGCCACGCCAGCACCUAUGACAACUUGCCUGAGCUGUACCCAGUGGAGCCUGUACUGGCCGGGGCUGAGGCUGAAGAUGAAGAGGAGGGUGAAGGCAGCUAUGCCCACCUGGACGACAUCCUUCAGCAUGUAUGGGGCCUGCAACAACGGGUAGAGCUUUGGUCUCAGGCCAUGUACCCAGAUCUGGGGCCAGGAGAGAAGGAAGAGGAAGAAGAUGAGGAAGAAGAGGAAGAAGCUACUUUAUCAGUAGAAAUAGCAACAGCUGAGGAUGAAGACCAGGCCGAACCUCUGGGCCAGGUAGAGGCUGUGGCGCAAAGACAGUCCCCUGUCCUGGGCCAGGCUGAUGUGCAACCGGUAGUCCCAUCUCAGACUCCAGCUGAGGCUGCAUUCCCAGCACAGGCAGAGGCUGAAUCCCCCAGUCCAGCCCAGGAUGAUGAGCAGGAGGUGAAUUCAGGAGGAGAACCCACUUCUGUGGAAGAAGGACACUCCAUUUCUUACACUGGGGCCUCCUCGGGUGAACUGGAUAACAGUGGGAGCUUCAUGAACGAGGGUGAGGCCGCAGGGCCCCCAGCUGGACUCCAGGCAGCAGCUCCCCGGGAACGGCGAGAUUCAGGCGUUGGGGCCUCGCUUACCAGACCUUGCAGGAAACUCCGCUGGCACAGCUUCCAGAACUCCCACCGGCCCAGCCUCAACUCUGAGUCUCUGGAGAUCAACCGACAAUUUGCGGGCCAGAUCCACCUUCUGCACAAGGGCUCGCUGCUGCGGCUCACCGCCUUCAUGGAGAAGUACACGGUGCCCCACAAACAGGGCUGGGUCUGGUCAGUGCCCAAGUUCAUGAAGAGGAAUAAGACCCCAGACUACAGAGACCAGCAUGUGUUGGGGGUGCCACCCCUCAUCCAUGUGCAGCGCACAGGCCAGCCACUACCACAAAGCAUCCAGCAAGCUAUGCGCUACUUGCGUAGCCAGUGCCUGGACCAGGUUGGGCAUCUUCGGAAGUCUGGAGUGAAGUCCAGGAUCCAGAACCUGCGCCAGAUGAAUGAGACUUCCCCCGACCAUGUCUGUUAUGAAGGCCAGUCGGCCUAUGAUGUGGCUGACCUGCUGAAGCAGUAUUUCCGGGACCUGCCCGAGCCUAUCUUCACCAGCAAGCUCACCACCACCUUCCUGCAGAUCUACCAGCUCCUGCCCAAGGAUCAAUGGUUGGCAGCAGCUCAAGCCGCUACCCUGCUACUCCCUGAUGAGAACCGAGAGGUGCUACAGACCCUGCUCUAUUUCCUAAGUGACAUUGCCUCUGCUGAGGAAAACCAGAUGACAGCUGGCAACCUGGCAGUGUGCCUGGCCCCCUCCAUCUUCCACCUCAAUGUCUCCAAGAAGGAUAGCCCCUCACCCAGAAUCAAGAGCAAACGCAUCUUAGUUGGCAGGCCAGGCCCUCGGGACUUGAGUGAAAACAUGGCGGCUACCCAGGGCCUAUCACACAUGAUCAGUGACUGCAAGAAACUUUUCCAGGUGCCCCAGGACAUGGUGCUACAGUUGUGUGGCUCCUACAGUGCCGCUGAACUCAGCCCUCCUGGCCCCGCCCUGGCUGAACUGCGGCAGGCCCAGGCAACUGGAGUGAGCCUGAACCUCUACAUGGAGGAGAGCGUCCAGGAGCUGCUGCGCGAUGCUGCCGAGCGCUUCAAGGGCUGGAUGAGUGUGCCGGGACCCCAACACACAGAGCUGGCUUGCAGGAAGGCAGCAGAUGGCCACCCCUUACGUGUGUGGAAAGCGUCCACAGAAGUAGCAGCCCCUCCGGCUGUGGUGCUGCACCGCAUUCUGCGGGAGCGGGCCCUCUGGGAUGAAGACCUGCUGCGGGCCCAGGUGCUGGAAGCCUUGAUGCCUGGUGUGGAGCUGUACCACUACGUCACUGACAGCAUGGCGCCCCAUCCCUGCCGUGACUUCGUGGUGCUCCGGAUGUGGCGCUCUGACCUGCCUCGUGGGGGUUGCCUGCUGGUUUCCCAGUCCCUGGAUCCUGAGCAACCUGUGCCAGAGUCAGGGGUCCGGGCCCUGAUGCUCACUUCCCAGUACCUCAUGGAGCCCUGUGGCCUGGGCCGCUCCCGGCUCACUCACAUCUGCCGCGCUGACCUAAGGGGCCGUUCUCCUGACUGGUACAACAAAGUCUUUGGGCACCUGUGUGCCAUAGAAGUGGCAAAGAUCCGGGACUCCUUCCCCAUCCUUCAGACAGCUGGCCCUGAGACAAAGUUGUGAGCUUCAGCCUGAACCCAGGAUGACACCACUCUGGAGCCUGGCACCAAGGGUGUAAGGGGGUGAGAGGGGCAGAGCAGCCCCCAGAGGUGGCAUCUAAGGGCAGAACUGGGUCCUUGUGGCCCCCUUACCUUUCUUUCUCACUUCCCAAAGAUCCUCUGAACAUACAGGGCAGGAAAAGAGAAAGUCAGUGUGCCAUCUCCACUCUACCUCCACUUCCAGCCCCGGAACCUGUUCUACUCAGCCAAGAGAGAAGAGGGGUUUUCCGAGUAGGAAGGCCGCCACUGCCCUCCAGACCCACAUAGCCCAGUUGGUCUGAAGCCUUGAUGGCUUUCCCACCUGCUGGGGAAGGAGAGGAGAGCAGACUGUACCGUCAGAGUUCUGUCAGAUUGAGAGGCCAAGCCACCCUUUUUCGGUGCUAGACUCCCUGUGGAGGUUCUGAUCCUGCCCAUGGGGACAACCUUGGCCCUAAAACUAGCUUUUCCAGAGAACUUGGCCUGGAGAAGAUAGGCACAGGCAGUCCAAGGGCAGCCGAGCCACCACAAAAUGUUUUAGUUGUAUAAAUACGAUGCUGAAAUUGAUGAGGCUGAUUUAAAGCACAAGCACGGAUGGGCGUCUAGCAGGUGACGUGAUGAUUUGGGAUAACUUGGGAUUUGAGAGUAUGUGGGUGGGGAUCCUUCCUUUCUCAGGUCUCAAGAGACCAAUUAACCAGUCCCCACUGAUCUGGAUCCCACACUUUGCCUGCCAAUCCCUGAGGGCCCAUGUAGCCUUUGACCAUGAACUGCCAUCUCUGGAGAGUGGAGGGCCUCACUCUCACUGUGCAAGCAGAGAGCAGAAGCACAUGGCAGCGAUGAGUUUGUAUCUGUGUCUUCGCCCCUUUUCCUGCUCUUUCUGCCUCUGGGAAUAGGAACCUAAUAGUUCAUUCAAGCAGAGACCUGGCCCCUGGCUUGGUGCUCAGGCAGCAGGUAGAAGGGCCUAGUGUCAUUUCAAUCUGCUGGGUUUUAUCCAACCUGAUCUAUCCUGUCCACUGGCCAUUUUGGUUCAUAUGGAAAUUCAAAUGACAUGCAAAUUCCAACUAGUGCUUUAUAAUUCUUUCAGCUACAUAAACUGGAGCGGGAUGGUUCCCAGCCAACAUUGUAAUUUUUAAGCCCAUCUCAUUUAUUUGUACCUAUAAAUACUGUACAGUCAGAAUAUAUAUAUAUGUAUUUGUGUAUAUAUAUAGACACAUAUAUCACACAUAUACACACAUUCAUAUAUAUUCUCUCGCGAGUGUACUAUAAUCUGUGGGUGGGGCAAGGGUCUAGAAGGCCUCAGGAGCAGAGCACUUAAGAGGAGAGGGAAGGCAGAGAGCAGGGUACAUGUGACCCUCAGCAGAACAAUAAAGUAUUAACUGGAGAUGCACUCUGGCUGCGUGGCUGUCUUUGCUGAGAUGACAAGCCAUGUGGAACUGCCACAUGGGAUGGGUGACAGCAUGGCUUCAGUGUUAGGUCUGAGGCUGUGAGCUCUAUUGGUAUAGAACUGGAGAAAGCUGAGGAGGAAUGGGGAGGGGCCUCAGCGCUUCUCUUUAGGAGGUGAUUUGGGUAUGGGGCAGAUUCUGAGGAUCCAGGCCUUGGGCAUAAACCACAAAGUACCUCCUUGACCUGGCUGGUGUCCCUGAUGUGAGUGGCCCACACGCAUAGCCUCAAGCAUCCUGACUGCAGCUCCAUGGGAAGAUGACCCUGGCUGUGCUGUCCUUUCCAUUCUACACACAUGAAAAGUGGCAACCCAGCCCCAGAGGGCUUGAGGACCCUGUUCCAGCUGUCAAAUCAUCUAAGAGAGGUCUGAGUGCCUCGUGGCAGCCCUUGAUCUGGCUCUAGUGACCAACGCAGCUCAGGGGGUUAGAGGGGCCCUGCAUUUUGACUUCCCCCAAGAAAAAAAGCUUGCCUUUGCCAUGUUGCUGUAGGAUUCAAAUGUCCCAACUUGGAGGGGCAAGAGAGAGUACAGGCUUUGUGAUCAAAUGUAUGCUGAGCAGUCGGAGGCAAGCAAGGGUCUCUCCUGAGCCUCCGCCUCUUCAGAAAGGAAAUGGGGAAGUGAUACCCGAUGCUAGUCUGGCUCAGUAGGUGUUCAGGUUUACCUGCCUCAGUCUGUACCCCUCCAGCCUGAGCAGAUUGGGGUGCCUUCUCUGUCUCACUUCUCUGUCACUGCCUUCCACUCUUCUGGGUUCUGCUUUGCCUUUCCUCACUGCUGUUCCUAAGAGCUAGGUGGAGCUACAGACCUAUGAGCCUCUUGGUUUUGGGAAAACAGUGGUGGUACCCCACAGCUGCAUGUAGUAGGGUGGGUAUUAAGGGAUAGCUGUGUGACACUUCAGUCACAAGUUCUGGAGGAAG